AUGGGGGUUGACGCGGGUGAGAGCGCCAUCGACGUUGACGCAGUGGCGCGGCCGAUAGGCUACGGUCCCUUCAGUGCCGCUGCCAAGGCUCGACUGACUCGCGAGAAGGCACACAAGGCUGUGGAGGCGUGCGACAGCGCGUCGACGACUGUCAUGAACAACGUCAGUCUCGACACGAACCUGUACCUCCGCUUGUCCCUCGCUGGCCUCCCGCACCCGUCCCAUCUGCAAGACUUGGCGUACACGUCACCUGAGUGGCGCUUGGCUUUUGUGCGCCUCUACCGCACCAUUCUGCGCCUGCACAACAAGGCAGUGGCGGUGUCGCUGCGCACGGUGCACGGGGAAGGGUCUGAGGCGGCCUUGUCCGCCGCCACCGGGGUGCACGCAACCUCGCAGACGACCGUGAUUGGCGCCGCCGUCGCUGCCACGGAGGCCGACAACAACCUGGCCGAGGACAAGGACGACUACUUCCUCCGCUACCUCCUCACACCAGACCAGCAAGAGUUCGGCAACCGCUUCGUCCAGGGAGAGUUCGCGCGGCACAUGGACGCCGACGCGGUGGCGGCGACCAUCUUCUACGCGUCGUGGUACGAGUACGUGCUGCAGCUCGCCUCCGGCGUGACGGCGCGCGAGAUGACGGAGAAGGAGAAGCGGCUCUUGACAGAUGAACAGAAGGAAACGCUGAACUCGCUGCGUGGUGCCUUCUUCGACCUCCGCGCCUCUCAGCAGCCCAAAUACAUGCCGUAG